AUACUCGUAGUAGGCUGUUCAAGGAACAAAAUGCCAAAUGCAAAAUUGAAAAUUAAAUUAGUAUAAACCAACACGUCAAUCCACAAACACUUAAACAAUACACUAUAAGAUAAUCGCGGCAACAAUACAAAGAUAGAUUAGCUGGUAAGUUCACCCAAAAUGCCAGCACACGAAAGGAAAGUGAAAAAGGCCCAGAAACCAUUGGGCCUCCGCGAGGAAAACGAGAAACGAAACCACAAAUCAAAUGUGGAGGAUUACACAUUUUCACCUGUACACCGAAAGAAGCCGUCGCCAGGUCAGACCAAACGGGUCACAUUCAGCAAGCAGAGAUCCCAGGGAGAGUCACCGCAGCUACCCAAAGAUGCCUGUCUGCAGGGGCUGACAUCUUGUUUGAUCACAAAGUCCACACUGGAUCGUCGACUAGCGGCCGGUGCCAACAACCCGGGCGAGCGGUCUGCGGGUCGCUUGCCGCGUACAGACAGUGAGUGCCAGUUCAAGGCACCGGGAAUUGAUUUUCUAACAGAACGGGAUACUAGUAUCACAACCCAUGAGGUCAAGAUGCGUCCCUCUGUGACUUCAAUUAAGAAUAAUUCCAAUAAGUGCGAUUUCUUUCCGAAAUAUGUGGACAAGCGACCAUUCAAGGAGCAGGGCACACAAACGCUCUAUAGGGAAUCCUCGGCACAAACGGUGGCCUAUUUGCCAGAGAUCAUGAACAAAGAGAUGAACGAGCAUCUAGAGCUGUUUACCCUGCCGUCUUUGCUGCCUGGAGAUAAGCCACCGGGACUCCAUGAGGUCGAGAUCCUAGAGCGGGCCCGCAAGCGUUGGGCCUUCAAUAAGGCGGUGAAAACGAACUUUAUGAGACAAUUGCGUGAGGCGCGGGAGUUGACAAUGCAAACCAAAUACAGAUCCAUACUGGAGGCAUUCGAAUGGGAGAGUUGGAUCGAGCGAGAGGAGUACAUACAGGAGUGUCAGAUGAUGCGACUCGAGAUCGUCAUAAAGAUGUUUGACAAGCGCGAGAAGGAGAUGCAUACAGCAUCCAAGACGCGCAUUGAAAUGGCUUGUGAACGAAUCGAGAAGCGCCGUCAAGGGGGUCUGCACAAGAACGAGAUAGAGUAUCAGCGUGGCAAGCGUCGCCUCGAAAGCCAGCGUAACCCCACGUCCCGAAAGUGGAAGAAGCAGAGUCCCAUGUAUGCCCUGGGAUCCCCGUGCUCCGAGUUCUAUGGACCACUCAUCCGACACGGUGUUGAUCCGGCACGUCGCAGCUUUGUGGGCACUAACCGCAAAGCCUUCGACAUGCGGAUUGACGAACUGGAGAAGCGAGUGAGCAUGCAGAAGCUGGAGUGUCCGUUCAGAAAGCUCAAGGAGUGGUCAAAGCCAAAGCAGAUUAUCAAGGAGCACGAACAGAACUUCUGCUCUGAUAAAAACUUGCAGAAGCUCUACGACUCGCUGAAGGGCUUGAGAACGCUGGCGAAUAAGGAGAAGUCACAACCGAAAUGUCUCAAGAAACGGCCGACACCAUCUGUGGACACAGAGUCCAUUAUAAAACAAGACUUCGAAUACGAAUAUCCCCAUGCCACAUACGGCAUAAUGCGAACCGCCAAGCAGGAGACCUCAGAUAUCACAGCCACAUACGAAUCUUCUCCCUUCAAAGACAAUCCUCCAGAUGCAGUGGGCUCAGUGUUCAGCAAGCGAAUGCGAGAUGAGAGAAGCAGUGAGGAACUAGAGAAGCUAUUGCACACGUACGAGGGCACCCACAUUGGCUGGGUCAUGCAGUUCCUGUCGGAAGAGGCGGGACGACUGAAGGAGUUGCGCAAGCUCCACCUAUUGUCCAUGUUGCUGCAGAAGGAGCGCUGGAGACGCGAGGCGGGCGAGGCAGGAUUACGCCAGAAGGAGAACGAAAUGCGAAGGCUCUACGAAGAGUUGUUCCAGAAGUGCAAUGUGGCCAACAGACAAAUUGGCGAUAAGUAUCUCGAUACCAUUCUGACAACAGAUAUCAGCCACAUAGCUGCCAACGACGCUGCUGAAACCGUCACCGAUCUGGCGAAAGUGAUUGAUGCCGAUAUCGAGCGUUGGCUGGAGAGCUUCAAGCUCAUCCAGACGCCCCUCACCUAUGAACCACUGCGACUGAUGCUGCGCGACAUGGUCUCCCCAGACAUGAAUGCUGCCCUCGAUCGUCACGAGAAGUCGCUCAUCGCCAAUUAUAUUGUGGAGGACGUGAUAUUUGGCAGAGUGUGGCAAGAGCUGGAGCCAUUCGACAUAGCCAGCACUCUGACUAGCGACUUCAUUGAUCGCCUCAUCGACAACGAUCUCUAUUUGUUCUCGACGGACAGCGAGAGCGAAACACCUCAGAAGUCAUCGUGGUACGAGUCUCAAGCCAUAAUACGCAAACUCAUCCGCCAUGCUGUGCCCGGACAGCGCUGGAAGGAUGAAACCGAACGCAUUGUGCACGAGAACCAAAACGAUCUAUUCGAUGAUCUCUUCGCUGAUAUCAUGAACAAGAUCGAGAAUCCACUACCCGUUUUCCCCUCUGAUUUGAUCGAUCUACGUCGCACCAUAUCCAACCGUAAAAUCAGCUUAACGGACAACAUUCGUGGGCUGGAAAAAAUAGACUACAAGGCAAUCAGAGAACAGCCGUCACUGCCGGACACAGAACUGCUCCGCAUUCAGUUGCUGAACUUGUUUAAGCGAAUGACGGCGGACAAGAUCACCAGGGAACUGUCAAACGUUGACAUAUACCAUGGAGAUGACCACUAUUCUGAACAUCGGGAUGUACAUAUAGAAACGCAGCAUUUCCAACACCGUGUCAUGAAAUCAAGUGAAGUUUACGAUGACCAAAAAUCGAUUGAAGCUGAGGCUGAGCUUGAAGAAGAGGCUGAAGAGGAAGCUGAAGAGGAAGCUGAAGGAGGGAUUGGCAUAGAGUUUGAAGCCAAAGUUGGGCCCUAUUAUAUGUCUGAGGCUGAUGAUGAGUUUGAAAAUGACAAUCAUGAAUACGAGACGGACAUUUCGUCGCAUCGAGUCUACUCAGAGGAGGAGGAGGAAGUAGAAGAAGAAUAUGUACCUCCCAAAGAAGAGCUUAAAACCAAGAAAAUGAAGUCCCAGGUAACAAUUGUUACCCAAGAGGAAGAUAUCGAGAAUGUCGACAAAUCACCGAUACAACUACUUAAUCCGGAAGAGGGCGAGGCCGACCUUAAGGCCGGUGGGUCUGUCUUCAAAACCAGUUUCACCUCGACGGCAAGCCAUGUGGCGAGUGAAUACAAUUUGAUCAAAGCCAUAGAACCCCAAACUUCAGAUGAGCAACUCAACAAAAAGUCAAGCACCUCCCAGGCGGUGGGAAAAGUUGCCUCAGAUACAGGAUCACAACGAUCUCAACGUAAAUAA